AUGGCAGGCGCGUUGGUGCAGAAAGCAGCGGACUAUGCCCGAAGCAAGGAAUUCCAGGACUAUCUCAUGAGCACGCAUUUUUGGGGACCAGUAGCCAACUGGGGUCUUCCCAUUGCUGCCAUCAAUGACAUGAAAAAGUCUCCUGAGAUCAUCAGUGGUUGGAUGAUGUUUGUCUAG